AUGGCUGCUACUACUACUGCCGCUGUCACUGCCGCUACUGUUACUGCUACCAUCACUACCACCCCUGUUACUGCUACCAUCACUACCACCCCUGUUACUGCUACCAUCACUACCACCCCUGUUACUGCUAACCAUCACUACCACCCCUGUUACUGCUACCAUCACUACCACCCCUGUUACUGCUACCAUCACUACCACCCCUGUUACUGCUACCAUCACUACCACCCCUGUUACUGCUACCAUCACUACCACCCCUGUUACUGCUACCAUCACUACCACCCCUGUUACUGCUACCAUCACUACCACCCCUGUUACUGCUACCAUCACUACCACCCCUGUUACUGCUACCAUCACUACCACCCCUGUUACUGCUACCAUCACCACCACCACUGUUACUGCUACCAUCACUACCACCCCUGUUACUGCUACCAUCACUACCACCCCUGUUACUGCUACCAUCACUACCACCCCUGUUACUGCUACCAUCACUACCACCCCUGUUACUGCUACCAUCACUACCACCCCUGUUACUGCUACCAUCACUACCACCCCUGUUACUGCUACCAUCACUACCACCCCUGUUACUGCUACCAUCACUACCACCCCUGUUACUGCUACCAUCACUACCACCCCUGUUACUGCUACCAUCACUACCACCACUACCACCAUUUCCACUACCCUAGCUACCAUUAUGACCGGCACCACUAUUACCGCUACUGCUAG